AUGUCACCUUCAUCCACAACUACGACUUCGAACGCAACGUCUAUCCCUCCAAGUGUUGAACAAGCUUUAUUACUUCAAUCUGCUCGAAUGAAAUUGUCAUCAAAAGAUCAAGAAGCAAUGAAAAGAAUGAGAUCUACAAUGUUGGAAUAUCCUGAAUCAUCUUCAUCAAAAUCAUCCCCCUUAUCUUCUAGAUUUCCGAUUCUGACAUCUGGGUCUAAUACAUCCACAAAUACACAUGAAAGUGGUGAUAUGACAGAAUUGAGAAACAGAAGAUCCACUUUAUCAAGACAGGUGACUACCGAUGAAAUGGCGCUAGAACAGGAGUCAAUCGAAAGGGGAGCCUCAAGUAGACCAGUGAUACCAGAUCAAAUUACUCGAAGGAAUGGAUCAACAACACCGCCUUCUGCUAAUGCGGAUUACGUGAUAGCUGUAGUUGGACAUGAGAGUGUUGGUAAAUCUACAGUCAUAGGACGUGCUUUGAGGACUUGGGGAAUGUCACAUCCUGUGAAAACACAUACAUCAGGUGGUCAUACCAUACUAUCAUGUUAUUCACAAAUACAACCAGGUGGUAAACUGAAAGGAUCAUGGAAAGUUGAAUUUAUAGAAUUGAAUAUUCAAAGCUUGAAUGUUUCAUCUACGUCUUCUACUUCACAAACGAUAUGGCCAGAAGGAUUGUCGAACGUAUCAGGAGUGAUACUCUGUUAUGAUGCAGGAAGGAGAGAUACCUUAUCUGGGAUGAGUGAGAUUUUAGAACGCCUUUCGCCGACAGGAGUUCCAAUGGUCAUGUUAGCCUGUAAAUCGGAUCUAGACGCAAAACUCGAAGUAGACGCUCCUCUUGGUAAUUCUAUUGGCGAACCUUUCAACGUUGGGUUGAUUGAAGUUACUAUACAAACUUCAGAAGGGAAAUCGAAAAUGCGGAAUGCACUGAGAUGGAUAUUAUAUAAACUCGAACAAAGACAACGUCGACAACAACGUAAACAUGCUACGACGGAACUGACGAUACCUCAGCAUCCACCGUCUCCAUCACUCGCUUCAGCCACUCUAGAAGCCCUAUCACCAGAUAGCGAUACAUCAUCGUCAGCAGAUAAGAUCAUGUGGCAUCAGCGUGGACUCAACAUGACUCCUACAGAUCAAGAUGGGGCAGAUGGAUUAUCCGAUCAUAGGUCUAGCGGAAGCAGUUUAAGCUGGGUGACUAAAGGACCUCCUCCUCGCUUGAGUUUAGAAAUGGAACCGACCAAGAUUGACAGCAAGCCGAAGGAACCUAAGGAUGCUCAGAAGGAGUCACCCGCAACUCAAGCCAGUAGGAACAACGAUGGGUCCAGUCCUCAUCAAAGAUCACUAACUCAGACGGGUUCUCCCAUCGAUGCACCUUUGUGGCUGACCGCGGAGCAACUCCUCAACAAGCUUUUCGCAGCUAUUGUGUCAUCUCAAGAUGAAUCAUUUAUUCGAGCUUUCAAAAUGACUUAUCGCCGAUUCAUGUUUCCUAAAGAUCUUAUGAACGAAUUCUUGGUCAGACUGGAAGAAGUGGAAACUUACGACGUAUCAAGAGAUGUGAAAAAUUGGACGAUGAUGAAAGUGACGGGCGCUUUGGUCGAUUGGACUACACGUUAUCCUGGUGAUCUCGCAGAUUUGUCAACUCAAUCUAUUUUCAAGGAGAUUUUAGCAUUAAUAUUACAUCACACGUUUAUGGCCCAUCUUACAGGAGAAUUAAUAAUGAUUGAACAUUCGUUAUCUGAAUCAAUCGAUUUGGAUCAAUCAUGGUCCUUGAAAUCAACCUCUCCAGAUUCUCCAUCUGUCAGCUCCCUACAACCAUCAUUACCAAAUACUGAAUUAGUCAUAGGAACAGAAGUUCUAUAUGAAUACAAUUCAUUAAUAGAUCCUCCAGACACCCCAUUCUCGUCAUCAUCAAAGGAACAAAAUCCACCUACAGUAAGAACAAUUUCAACCUCAAGCCUCCCAAUAGAUAUGAACAGGAAGACUUCUUCUCCAAAUUCAAGUUCAGGUUCAGGUCUAGAAUCAGGAGUGAAAGUUGGUUUCGGAACAGAUGAAAGAUCUGGUUUGAAUGGCGGCCAUAACGCUGAAUUGAACCUAAACUUCCAAAGAUGGAUUCCAGCUGUAAACAUGAUCAUAAACAUGGAUCCUAGAGGUUUCGCCAUGGAAUUGACGAAAAUGCAAUGGAGCUUGUUCGCAGCUAUACGUCCUAGAGAUGUAUUAGGACACGAUCUGGGAAAAGAGACCAACGGACCAGUGGGGAGGUCUAUAGCGUUUUUCAAUCAUAUUUCAAGAUGGGUAUCAACUAUAAUACUUGCGCAUCCAAAAGCGAAACAUCGAGCUAGAAUAAUAGAAAAAUUCAUAAUGAUAACUCAUCAAUUACGUCGAUUGAACAAUUAUGACAGCUUAUACGCUGUCAUUUCAGGUUUAAGAGAAACUUCGAUACACAGAUUAUCAGUAACCCAGUCGUUGAUUACCUUACCUAUAAAUCUUGAAAAAGAAUAUCAAUCACAUCUGAAAUUGAUGGAUCCAAGAGGUGGUUAUGUGCAUUACAGAAGAGCUUUACAAUCUGAUAAUUCAAAUGAACGAUGUUCAAUACCUCUUUUAACCAAUAUAUUAGGUAUGAUCAAUAGACUUCAGAAUGUUCGAAAACAAGAUAUAAGAUCAGUACCGAUAUCGUCCUCAAAAUCAACUUCUUCUCAAUCUCAACAGAGCCAAGAGCAAAGUGAAAACGACAAGGGGAAUCUCAGUACUGUCAACGAUGAUAACACUUUCAAUGGUCACCCGGAUGAAACAACAAAAAACGAGAUACAAUGGGAUAAAUUCUCGAAAUUUGGUGAAAUACUGAAUGUGAUCAUUGAAUGUCAAAGCAGAGGUCCUAUAAUCAGAGGUGAAAUCAAUCAAAACUUCAAGAAGAUCAUAGAAGACACAGCGAUUAUAUCCAAUGAAGAUGGUCUGUACGAACGAUCGCAAUUUCUUGAACCGAGUGGUGGUGGUACAGUAGGUGGCAAAGUUUUGAAAAGACUUGUGAAUUUAGGUUUCUCAUGA